GGACAUCCUCGGAAGAAAAUUCGGAAUUUACGAGCACGAUGGCAAUGACUACGCCGAGGACUACGAUCGAGCACAUGACGACAACUCGUCAAGAAGAGUCGACAACUGCGGCCACGAUGAGUAUCACAGCAGCUGAGACAACGACACCAUCGUCCACAACAAUUACGACGUUACCCACAACGACUACGACGUUGCCUACUACAGAAUUUUCUGCGACUACGUUGCCUGCGACAACUACAACAUUAUUUACGACUACAACAACGUUGUCAACUACAACUACAUCGCCUGCGACGACCACUACAAUUUUACCCACAACUACCACUGCAUCACCCACAACGACCACCACAACAUUGCCUACAACCACCAGUACAAUGUUGCCUACAACAUCUACCACAACGUCGUCUCCGGCUACUACGACAUCGCUCGUGUUGACGGCGGAGCAGCCGACCGUCGUCGUGAAAAUAGAACGUACGAAAGUGAGAAAAGUUCACGUACCGUACUCCAAAGACGAAGUUACAAAGCCCUCCACAGUAUCUAUUACAACACCUGCCGCGAGAUCCUGUGAGUCCAUUGAAUGCAUUAGUAAGCAUAGUUCGGAGGGAACUGGCGAAAGUGGUGAAACGACGACUCUCCUCUCGACAACGCCGAUUUCCAGUCUCGAAACUGCUCGAGCAACGUCUUCUAAGCCAACGAUCCAUCAAGACUUUGUCAGCGAGUCUACGGCUUCUUCGACGACGGAGAUGAGCGAAGCGCCGGUUACG